UUUUAAGUUCAGUAUAGUUUUUAUAAGUUUUACUCACCCCUGGACAACUUGACAUUUCAAAUACGCUUACUGGUCAAAUUUUAUUGGUGACGAAUGGUCACAUUAUCCCUCUUUCUUAUCUUCACCGCUUGCGGAGACACAAUCUCUCAUAUGAACAUUUUCACAUCAUUUUGCCCUCCUUGCUCCCUGUGAUCACGUAACCACAUGGAGGAAGAAGCCAAUCACCACGCAAUAAUAGACAUGGAAAAAGUAAUAGACAGAGAGAGGCUAGCUUCGACGGAGCAAAAGAUUUCGGAGAAUCCCAAGUUGCUAAGCAAAGCCGCGGGGAAGAAAUCAUGUUGCAUCUUCAGGGUACCCCAAAGCCUGGUCGAGGCUAACGGAAAAGCCUACUUACCUCGUAUCGUGUCCAUAGGACCAUACCACCGUGGCCAACCUCGUCUCAACAUGAUCGAGGAACACAAGUGGCGUUACCUCGCUUCCCUUCUCUCAAGAACAACACAAACCCAACGUUUGGGCUUAGAGAGUUUAUUCAAAGCCAUAGCCCCCUUAGAAAGCGAAGCCAGAGAGUGUUACUCCGAAACCAUCCACCUCGACUCUCACGACUUCAUCGAAAUGAUGGUCCUCGACGGUUGCUUCAUCGUUGAACUCUUCCGCAAAGUCGCCAAAUUAGUACCCUUUGAACCCGACGACCCUCUUGUCACCAUGGCGUGGAUAUUACCCUUUUUUUACCGGGAUUUUCUCAAACUCGAAAACCAAAUCCCUUUCUUCAUUCUCAACCAGCUUUUCGAAAUAACCAAACUACCCGGAGAAAAUUCAACCCUAACACUUUCAACGCUGGCGUUGGUUUUCUUCAACAACUCGUUGCAACGGCCAGACGAAGCCAUAGUCUCAAGCGCGAAGGGAAAGCAUUUACUCGAAUUGGUUCGUUCUUGUUUCAUUCCAAGAGAAGAAGAAAGCAAGCCGUUAAAAAGGGUGGUGACGCCGACGCACGUGAUCCACUGCGUGUCGAAGCUUCGACGCGCGGGGAUUAAGAUAACGCCCGGCAACGUUAGCGAGAGUUUCUUGCACGUGACGUUCAGGCGCGGCGUGAUUUCGAUGCCAACCCUGACGGUGGACGAUUUCAUGAGCUCGUUUUUGUUGAACUGCGUGGCGUUUGAGCAGUGUUACAGUGGGUUGUCGACGCAGUUCACGGCGUAUGUGACUCUCUUGGACUGUCUGAUAAACACGUAUAGGGACGUGGAGUAUUUGUGCGAGCGGAACGUGAUUGAGAAUCACUUUGGAACGGAGGGUGAAGUGGCGAGCUUCAUCAACAACACGGGGAAGGAUGUGGCGGUUGAUUUGGAUUUGUGUUACUUGUCUCACUUGUUCAAUGAUGUUCAUAAGUAUUAUAGAAAUAGUUGGCACGUGCAGUGGGCUAGCUUCAAGUACACCUACUUUGAUACGCCCUGGUCCUUUAUCUCGGCUCUCGCUGCCUUGUUUUUGUUGAUUCUUACCGUGGCUCAGACCUACUUUGCUGCUUAUCAGUAUUUUGAUAAUCCUCAAAAUUCUUGAUCACCCUCCUCCACAACAAUGCCUUUAAUUAUAUAUAUAUAUAUAUAUAUAUAUAUAUAUAUUUUAUAAGUGGUGGAACGAGAAUCCUUUGACACACGCAGUCAAAUAGGUUUACUGGGUCUUAGUUACUCAAUCAACCAAAGAUUUUUCUUGCCAAAAAUUCCUUCACCAGCCGAGAGUCUAUGUAAGGGAUGAAGAAUAUGUUGUAAAUGCUGUAUAAAAUAGAUGCGUACCGUAAAUUCAAACUCAAUCAGUUGGUUUAUGAUAGCAUUAAUUUUACAAAUUAUUUAACAACUGCGUCUUGUGUACGUAGUAGACUAGCAGCUAGACCUCCUAAACAGGUGUUGAGAAAUCCAACAAAGAAAUGCGACAGUUUUACGAAUUCAAGGCAGGGAGACAAAUAAAUGAAUUGGCUAAUGAUUUGAAUGGUGGCUGA